AUGCGCUGUCUGUCAGGUGGAGCCCGCAGGACGAGGACCGCCCGGCAGGCACGAGGUGCCUGGGCACCGGUGCGAGCGACGGCUCUGCACGGCGUGCGGGCGAGCAGGACAAGCAGCUCCAGAAAGCCACGCGUGUCUCAGCCAAUGGUAUUCAGCUUCGUCCUCCUCCUCCUCCUCCUCUUCCUCCUCCUCCCUCCUCCUCCUCGUGGCGCUGGAGCGCAGGUCAGCACAGUGACGCGGGGGUCUCCGACGGCGGCGGCGAUCUGGGGGUCGGCCGCGACGGGGACUUCGGACCUCGAACUGCACGGGCCCCAGGUCUCAGCCUGA